AUGGCGGAAGGCGGGAUUUCUCCAGAGACUCCAGUGCACUCGCGACCAUGGACGGGGAGAGCGGCGAUUCGAGUUCGAGCUCCACAUCGCUCAGUUCCAAAUCCGAAUGAUUCCGAAUGCCACCGGAAAUCGGGUGAUAAUAUAAUGUGCGUGCCCCCGGAUGUAACCACUCCCACGCACCCGACUGAUUUUUCGCUCAAAUUUAACAAUAAUAUACCGAGGUUUUUGUGGAACGAUCCAAGAACUAUUAUCGAUAAUAAAAAAAUUGAUAUGUUACAACAAAGGGAUCAUGGGGAUAUAAUAAAAAAUAUUAAUACGGAAAGUGAUAAUUAUAAUAACGUUUACGGUGGUAACAAUCGCGAAAACAAUCAAAGGAUCGCAGAUUUUAUUAUAGCUAACAAAGAAUAUCGUAAUAAUUUUAAUAUCGGACAACCAUCUUCUGAUAGUGCAAUCGGAUAUGUAAACAAAGAACAAACAAGAAUGAGAGCGACGGAUUUUGCUGUCGCUUUAAAUUACAACAAGGAUCUCCAUAGAACGUCAGAUUUUGCCGGUAUGAUACUCCAGCAUCACCAAAGAGCUUUGGGAUUAUCGUUAAAACCGGCUCAUUUGAGCACGACAGCAUCACUUCAACACAACAGCGGUCCACGGCAUACGAUAGACGCCAUAUUAGGUUUGGGAAGUAGAAGAACUCCGCCGAUAAAAGAAUCUCAAGAAAAUUCAAACAGAAACGGAAACGAAUCCAGCGGGAUUUUAGUAUUCGUUAAUAAUAAUAAUAAUAAUAAUGUUAAACUUUCGUGA